UGAACCCUAAAAAUCUCUCUCCUCUCUCUUUCUCUCUCUCAUCUUACAGAGAGAUGAUCCAUGGCUUUCCACCAUCAUCGAAAGCUAAUUGAAAAGUCAAAUGAUCUAAUAAACACAACCCAAAUCUGCGAUUUCUUCUGCGCCUCUAUCAAUCUCGAUGGCAAUUGUCCAAAACCCUGUCUCCCCAUCUGUCCUUCCACCUGUUACCGUCCAUUUCCACCCAUUCAAUUCCCUCCCACAAGUCUCCCAGAUACAAACCCUAAUAAUCUCCACCAUAAAAACAGUCUCCAUUUCUAUCUCUCCUUCUCCUUCGCCAUAUUAGCCACCACUCUAUUCCUCAUCGCAUGUUUCUCCAUCUACAAGCACUUCAAAAACCGACGAACUUCAACUUCAACAUCACAAGAAACCCAACAGGAGAUAAACGAUCAAGAUCCCGACGAGAACGAUCAUGUAACGAUCGAUCAUCCGAUCUGGUAUAUCAGGACCGUCGGACUUCAACCCUCGAUCAUAAACGCGAUCAGUGUCUGUAAGUACAAGAAAUCUGAUGGGCUUGUUGAAGGAACUGAAUGCUCUGUUUGUUUAAACGAAUUUGAAGAAGAUGAAACUUUAAGACUUCUACCCAAGUGUAGUCAUGCCUUUCAUAUACCAUGUAUUGAUACUUGGCUUCGAUCCCAUACUAAUUGCCCUAAUUGUCGUGCCGCCAUAUUUUCACCUCCCGUUCAAGCUGCUCCGGCGGCCGCCGCCCAAGAAACUAUCCCUCAUGAGGAAUCUGUAUCGGAAUCUGAAUCUGGGUUGGCUAUAGAGAAUGAAAUCAGGGAAGAUGGAGAUGAAGAUGAAGAUUUUGAGCCAAUAAGAAGGUCAGUUUCUGCUUCAAUAAUGAGAGAAACAACAGCCAUGGGUGAUGGUUAUACAGACCCAGAUCAAAUUGAUGCAAAUUCUUCAAAUACCCAAAUGGAAAAUAGGGUUCCAAAGAAGAUGAUCAGAUUGAUGAUGGGUGGUGCUAGCCCUUCGGUUCUGCAAUCAGGAGGGGUUAGGCCCUGUUUGGCAAAGAGGUCGUUUUCUUGUAGUGGGAAAGUGUUCUUAUCAAGGUAUUGUCCAAAUAGGAUCUCAAAUCUGCCUUGUUGAAAGAAUAGUCAUAUUCAAAGGAAUAAUAAUAUUAUUGUAAUUUGUAAUACAAAUUAAGAUAUCUAAACAAGAUUAGAUGUCUAAUGAAGUU